AUGUUCGCCGUUAAAAUGAAUUCUCGUCUGAGAGCCCACAAGUCCAACAUUGGACUCGCCUUACUAGCUUUGACAGACUUCUUUGUUGGGGUCCUUGCGCAGCCUGCCUUCAUCGCCUUGAUUAUAUCACUCUUAGUUGAUGAUGAUUCCAGUAGGUCGUGCACAUUGCCGAAUUUCACAAUUGCCGUGUCAAGAAUUGGCGUCUCCGUCUCCUUAGUUCACACGGUUUUAAUAAGCGGCGAACGGUAUCUAGCCAUCAGACACUCGUUCGCAUACUUUUCCCUCGUCACCGAAGCUCGUUUACUUGUUGCCUCUGUCUUGGCGUGGCUGCUAUCCAUAACUUUGCACAUUCCUGUCGCCGUUAACGAAUCUGUAUUUUUGCCUAUAAAGAAUACACUCUAUGGUCUAUGCGUCGUCUUAAUCAUCUUCUGCCAUGUUACGGUUUACCUGGAAAUUCGCCGACACCAAAAGCAAAUUGCAGCUCAGCAGGUGACCGAGGAAGCAAAGGAACAAUUUCAAAAAGAUAAAAAGGCUUUCAAAGUGACAUUUAUCGUCAUUGUAGUGCUGAUGUUGUGUUCUUUUCCCAUAGUUACCUUUACAGAAGUCCUUCGAAGAUAUCGAGGAAAAUUAUCUUUGGGGGUAUUUUAUAUAUCUUUCUUUUUGGCCACAUUGAUGGCGUCCUUGAACUCUUUCUUCAAUCCUCUUAUUUAUACUUUCAGGCUAAGAGAGUUUCGCGUAGCUUUAAUUGGCCUAAUUUGUAGAACCGUGAACAUUGCCGAAGCUGAACAGAUUGAGAUGAAGAUAUUUGGCGCACCAAACGCUGUGGUCAGAAUUGAAGAAGGACAAGGACACCAAGGACAAGCUCAAGGGAACGUUGAACAAGCCGGCCUAAGGAUUAUGAACAACAAUAAUGUUAACAAUAAUGAUGUUUUGCCAUAGAAACAGGAGUAUCGAGCUAUGGUUUUCUCGAGGGGGAAUGUUUGGCGAAUACUAGCUCCAGAUUGUUGCAUAAUACAUUUAAAUAAAGUUUCAUUGGAAACAGCUCUUUCUUGUCUUUUUCAGGUCGUUUCACCUCGUAAUUAGAAAUACGUGUAUCGCAACACCUGUAUCACUUGGCCAUGGGGGAGGGUGGCCCGUAAAAUGUUAGGGAUAAGAGGGUGGAAAAAAAACAGAGUAAAUUGUGUAACUGGGGAAGGUGGGUUUUAAAACCUCGUCCCAUGUAAGCUAAAUAAAUGCUAUUUGCAAGCAAUGCUUUUUUUUAGAAUUUUUGUGGGGAAUUGUUCUAUUUCCAAGGUGUCACAUUGAGGAAAAGGGGAGGGGGAGGGGCAGGGGGGACGGAGAAAAGUGCGAAAGAGGGGAAAAGGAAAUCCCCUCCUUUUUCUUCCCUAUCCCCAACCCCUUUUGACGUCCGCUGCGCAGGCUAUGUAAAUACAAGAGAUAAUGAGCUCAUUCUCUCUUAGUAAAUAUUAUUAUUGUUACCAUGACAUAUUUCCGGGAAAGUACCAGGUUCUUUAGGAAUCCGGCUCAACAAUUUUAUCCUCCCUUGGGCUUACUUUUCGUAGAAUGUGGGUUCGUUCUUAAUAUGCAAAUCUAUCAGUAAGUAAAGAGCGUCUUGUUAUUUCAUGUUUAAUACAAAAUCAAUAAAUUCAAACCAACAAAAUAUUUUUGGAGAAAUUUCAGGAAUGUUUUGUGCUCCUGGUUUGACCAAUCAUCAAAGACAGGGACAGUGAGCUACAAACCAACAAAACCGUGAACGCUGGAGAAAUUUCAGGAAUGUUAAUACAAUGUUGGGUCCUGGUUAUGAAAACCAAUCAGAGCUUUGAAUGGAGGGGACAGGGGGUGCGGAUUCUUUUGUUCUCCGAAGAGCUACAAUCGCCGAUCGGCGACAAAAUGAGUUGAGACACUUCGCCCAAAAGUAGGCUUUUUUACGUUUUAUGAACUUCAAAAGGAGGAAAUAUAGCUUUCCUCCCCCAUCCCCUCCGUACAAUGUUGGGCCCUUGUUCUAGCUACCUAUAGAAAACAACAAACACCCCAACUUUGAAUGGAGGGGACAGGGGAGGGGUGCGGAUUCUUUUGUUCUCCGAAGUCACCCUAUUUAAGUACAAUGUCUCAACAAUUUUGUCGCCGAUUGUAGCCACAAAACCACAAACUAAUUAAUGUUGUUGCUUGCAGUUUAGUUUUCUCACCCCUGAUUGGCUUUUUUCUUGCUACACAAAAUACUUUCUGUUUAAAUUGUUUUUCGGUUAUUUUGGAUAAUAUUUGUAUGGAGAGAAAGUGGAUAAAGGAAAGUUCAUUUUAAUUAAUAUAGAGAAGGGGGUAUGAAGAUGUUGAGGGGGUGGGGCUGAAAUUUUGUGUGUGUGUUCGGGGGCUUUAAAAAAUCGGUAAGUUCAAGGGGGAGGACGUAAAAUCUGGCAAUAAAACUAAGGGCCUGAUUACAUGAGUCGGGAUGUCUCGCUUUGCAGAAAACCCGGCACCUAAGUUAUACGCAACAUAAAUCAACUUUGCAAUUAUAUGACAACCGAGCCAGCCCGGUUAGCUGGGAUUCCAGCAUUGUGAUGCCGUGAUCCCGAGUGGAAAGUUUCCAACCUAUCACACAUGCCGGGUAGCCUGGAGAAUGAACCAAGCAAGAAACAGGACAGCGGGUGACACACUACUCAUGCACAUUGCUUCCAAUCUCUACAUAAAAAUAGCGGCUCCGGACUGGCCCUUUUCAUGUAAUACCAGGAUAAAAGUCAUCUUGGCAAAGCUAGCCAGCCCGGCUCAUGUGACCAGGGGCCCGGCGAUAAUUAAUGUGACCAGGCCCGUUUACAUUAAAGGUGAGUUUCAAUUUUUGCAUCUAACAUGAUAAAACUGGUUUUGUAGUUUGCUGGCCAGGACCCGCGCUCUUAUUCUUUAAUUUCGAUUUGAAUAUUUGAGAAUUUGCUUUCGAGAAACGGGCCCCAGGCUUUCGGUGAGUUGUUUUUCACGCGGGACGGACCACUUUAGAAAAGGGACGGACCACUAGAAAAGUUAUAGGAGGGGGGAGGGGAGUUUUCGAGCCUCAGGAAUUUUUUUUUCGUUAUCAAAUUCCUUGUAUGAAUUAGGGUUCGAACGUGAAAGAUUGCAACUUGUUUACGAGAUCAUUUGGCUCAAUAAGGUUUUAAGAAAUCACCUCCUUUCCGAAAAUCUGCAAUGAAAUUACACUUCAUUCAACCUUACCCUUAUUUACCCUCCUCGUGCACGAUCAGGGAAUUUUGCGUGAAUUCAGUCUUCUUUGGCUGUCGACAACUGAGGGCAAUAAUAUUGUCAAACUCUUGGCAAUACGCCACUGCUGGCAAUGAAUACUCUGAACAAUAAAAAGGGCAAUGACCCGGGGUACCUAUGGUCCGGGGUAAAAACAUCCACGCCGUGUGCUGCUGGGAAAUUUUAAAUUAUAUAACAUUUUGUUUCACUCGGUGUACCUCUUUUUUUAAUACUUUGCUUUUCUAGUGCCGAUUUGUUUGCUGUGUGUUAGCUGUUGGGCGUAUUGUAACGAGGAUAAAUGUUGUGUCGUGACUCAUCGCGCAGCUGACAUUCGAGUCGCUUGGCUUGUUUACCUCCGCACGUAUUGUGUGCCUAUUGCAAUUUUUGAAUCAAAACAAGCCAUCUUGAUUUCUCUAUUUGGGCGACGCCCAAAUAAUAAGAAGAUUCGUGCCAUUUUUAUCCAUGACAAUAAUUCUAGACGGUUUUUAGCAGCUCGUUUCGUAAUCUGAAAACAUUGUUACUAAAUCUGACGUUCUGUUUGCCCUAAACGAUGAUUAUGCAUACCUUCUAAUCACUCUUCGAUGUAUAGACUACUCUUUGUCGUCUAAUGUUCAUUAAUAAUAAUAAUAAUAAUAAUAAUAAUAAUGAUAAUAAUAAUGACAAUAAUACUGAUAAUAACAACAAUAAUGAUAAUAAUUAAGAAGAAGAGUAAGAAGAAGAUUCAUGCCAUUUUUAUCGAUGAGGAUAAUAUAAGACGCUGCUCAUUUCGUAAUCUGAAAAAAAUUAUUACUAAAUCUGACGUUCUGUUUGCCGUAAACGUGAUUCUAAAUUUCUCCAAUAUUCAGAACUUUGAAAAUCCUACUUUAGACACGAAAAUAAUAAAAAAAAAGAAAUGUAUUUUUAAUCGCUUUAGGGAAAAUAUACCUGGUGAAUGUACUAGUCUUUUUCACUAGAGUGAAUAAGUUGCUGGGCUUAAGGGAUUAACUCUGUUUAAUUGGACCAUUUUACCGAUGGCACUUAAAAUUGCAGUUCUUGCUGUUUUAUUUUUACGUUUUGUGUGUCUAUUGUAACUUUGAAUCGAAACAAGCCAUCUCGAUUGCUCUAUUUAGGCGAAGUCCAAACAAUAAAAAGAUUUAUGCCAUUUUUAUCCAUGACAUUAAUUCUAGACGGUUUUUAUCUGCUCAUUUCGUAAUCUGAAAAAAUUGUUAAUAAAUCUGACGUUCAUUUUGCCGUAAACGAUGAUUAUGCAUACCUUCUAAUCACUCAAUUCGAUGCAUAGACUACUCUAUGCCGUCUAAUGUUCAUUAAUAAUAAUAAUUAUAAAAAUAAUAAUGACAAUAGUAAUAAAAAGAACAAGAACAAGAAGAUUCAGGCCUUUUUUUAUCCAUGAGGAUAAUUCAAAACGCUGCUCAUUUCGUAAUCCGAAAAAAAUUGUUAAUAAAUCUGACGUUCUGUUUGCCGUAAACGUGAUUCUAAAUUUCUCCAAUAUUCAGAACUUGGAAAAUCCUACUUUAGACACGGAAAGAAAAAAGAGAAAAUAUAUUUUUAAUCGCUUCAGUGAAAAUAUAACAGGUGAAUGUACUAGUCUUUUUCACUAGAGUGCGUAUAGGUGGCUGGGCUUAAGGGAUUAACUCUGUUUAAUUGGACCAGUUACCGAUGGCAAUUAAAAUUGCAAUUCUUGCUUUUUUUUGAUAGAAAAGAACCAUUUCUUUACACUAGUCAAUUCGUCAUUCUGAAUCAAGUUAAAACUGGCUUUAAAUUCUUAAAAAUUCGAAGGCCAAAAACUCCAAAGAAAUGUACGUAACAUGCGAAAGGGACAAGCACGCGAAUUGCCGUCACCCCGCUGGCGUACCGUGUUUUUGUUGGCAAUUUUCUCUCAUAGUUUACGAGAGUUUGAAAGGGAAUUUCAAUAAACUUCGUAGUUUUACCAGACUUAAUAUGUUUAAUUGUCUCUGAACAUAUUUUGUUUCCAUAAAUAGAAGUAAGUAAAUAUUACAAGUGUGGACACUGUGUUGUCUGUAAAGGUCUCGUUGGCGUUUGUUUAAAGUACAGUGCAUUCCAAAUAAUUCAAUUUGAUAUUUCUAUCCAAGAACUUUUGAUCUAAAUUAGAAAUUUUAUGAGGUAAACCUUAUUUUUCCCCGUUAAUUUAAAAGGAAAUAUAACCUACAGGAAACUAAAUGAGUUUUCCUCCUUUUCAAAUGAAUUUCGGAUGUCAUUUAUUGUAGGGAAAAUGACUGCAUUCAAGAACGUGGGAACAACUGUUUCAGACUAUGUAUUGAGCAAAAUGUGUGGCAAAUAACACACUUGAGAAAAAUUUUAAGAAAAGCUUAUGUUAUAGGCAGAUAGAAAACCACAAAUUUCUCCUACAUUACUCAGUUUUUAUUUUCGUGGUUUUACUGGUUACUAUCUGUAUGAGUUAAAUGCGCAGUUACCAAAACGACGGCCAACUCUCGAGCUGCUCGCUGUGGAAGUUAUCAUGCUCUUUAAAAACUGGGGUAGAUAAUUUUUUAUGUUACCCAGAGAAUUGCGCAGAUGACGAUCGCUUUAAACUGAAUAUUAUCCCGGAUAAACCAAUUAAAAAUAAAACUUUGAAUUCACGAUUCAAAACAAUUAACAAAUCUGGUCCAAAAGUGCCAGUUGCUUUUUAUAAAGCUAGGAAAUCAUUAAGAAAAGACAUUUAACACGGACAGGACAGAAAGAAAGUAUUACCUAAACCCUUGGAAACUGAGAAACAGAGGAAUAGCGAUGAAUUCGAGUCUAUCAAGCAGUGAUUUCAUCCCCUCUGGAUGUGAGAUCUACGCGGUUGUAGGAGGAAGACUCCAUCAACCUUCGAUUCUAACUCAAGCUUUUCUUAUUAUCAUCAUUGUCGUUAACACUCUAACAUUUCCUCUCACUGCUGCCUUGAACGCACUGGUAAUGAUCGCCGUCAAAAAGAAACCUCGCCUAAGAGAACACAAGUCAAAAAUUGCACUCGCCUUACUAGCUUCGACAGAUUUCGUGGUCGGGGUCAUUGUACAGCCCGUAAAUGUCGCUCUUAUGAUAACAAUUUUAACUGAUGAUAUUUCUGGUGAGAAGUGCGCGUUGUAA